UAAAAGUGUUUUGUUUUUGUGAGAUCAGCGUGCAGCGGCGCGCAACAUUUCACACUCGCCAAUUUACUUCCUAAUCUCCCACAAUCCAUUGCGGUCUUCCACAUUUGGAUCUUGCGCCCUAAGUGUCAAACCCAAGAUGGCGCUUAAUCGGUUAUUCCAUCUGUCCUCUUUGCUGCGCUCCGCUGUGAGCCUUACCCUGCGAAGGAACAUUGGCAUCUCCGCCGUCGUCUUCAACAAGGCCAAGGAGCUCGAUCCUGUCCAGAAACUGUUCUUGGAUAAGAUCCGCGACUACAACAACAAGAGCAAGGCUGCUGGUGGGAUUGUGGACGCAGGUCCUGCUUACCAGAAGAACCUGUCUGAAGAAGUAACCAAACUCCAGAGGCUAUACGGUGGAGGAGACCUCGUCAAGUUCCCUGACUUCAAAUUCCCAGAGCCGAAGUUUGAAGAAGGAGCCAAGUGAACGAUGUCCAUGUUGUAAAUCUCCUACAUGUCACAAAUAUGUUGUAUUUAAUAAAAAGAAAGUGGAUUGAACAAUAA